CUGUCCACAACACACCCAAAGUGGCUCUUCCGAUUUGACAGAGUGAAGCAAGCGGGGGAAGAAGGGACUAGAUCACCCAUGGGACGGGGGCGGAAGAUGGAGUGGGCGGCGAGAGCCAACCACAUGGGGGGCAUACCGCGGAAGGCAAUCAUCUUCGCUGCGGGGGCUUUCGCCAGAGCCGUCGCAAAUCUCCUAAACUCGACCACCGUUCACAAUCCCGAAACCCUAAUCCGCCUCGUCCGAUCCCGCCCUCCCGGCGUCCCUCUCCUCACCGUCAGCAACCACAUGUCCACGUUGGAUGACCCUGUGAUGUGGGGAUUCAAGGGCUUUCCCACAAUGGAUGCAAAUUUGGCACGAUGGGUACUCGCUGCAGAGGACAUAUGCUUCAAGAAUCCGGUGCUGUCAUAUUGUUUCCGACUUGGGAAAUGCAUACCUAUAACAAGGGGUGGUGGAAUUUAUCAGGAACACAUGAACGAAGCCCUUGACCGGUUAAGCGAUGGAGCAUGGUUGCAUACUUUUCCAGAGGGGAAAGUGUCUCAGGAAAAUGAACCGAUUAGAAGAUUAAAGUGGGGGACUGCGAGUCUCAUUGCUCGGGCUCCUGUAACCCCUAUAGUUUUGCCCAUUGUCCAUCAUGGUUUUCAAGAGGUGAUGCCCGAGAAAUAUUUAUUUGGCCGAAGGCCUCCUUUUCCGCUAUUUAAUAAGAAGAUAACAAUAACUGUGGGUGACCCAAUAGAAUUUGAUCUACCUAAAAUGAGUGAGAUGGCCGUGUCAAUGUCCAAGGAUUGUUCUUCUUCAAGUUCUGGAUGGCCGAGCGCCACCCGUUUUGGACUGAAUGAAGCUGCACAAAAGUGUCUCUAUAGCAGCAUAUCGAAGCAAAUCUGGGUGGUCAUGGAGAACUUGCGGAAUUUGGGCAAAACUUUUCUUAAACAAGAUGAUUAAAGUUGCAAGCUUUUUCUAUAAAGACUUCACACACUGCUCAAGUGUUUGAAGUUUGUAGUGUUUCCAGCAGCAAGGAGGUAGUAAUUUGGCCUUCCGCCCAUUCACAACAUUGAAGUUUUUCAUGAUUUUUUGAUUUCAUUGUUUCCCAUUUUGGGGGACUUUCUAAUGUUCUUGACAUAGAUAAUUUUUUUGGGUCUGAUUUAUUUACCGAAAUGUGCUCUGGUUAGAGAAUGGAAAUGGCAUAUUUUUACAUUUGUGUCGUGUUUUGUAUUUGUAAGUAAUUAUGGUGAAAAUAUUGUAGUUUGAGGCCUGAAUUGCAAUUUGGUGUGCAUGUGGCAGAGGGAAAUUAGCCAGGAGGACCAUUUUUUGGGUGAUCGUUCUACCACUUCCUGAAAUUUGAUUCGCAUUAUGGACUUGUAAGUAGUUCAGGUGAAAACAUUGUUGUUUUUUUAGACCUAAAUUGCAAUUUGGUGUGCAUGUACUGAGGAAAAUAGCCAGUAGGACCAUUUCUGGAGCAUCCAGCACUUCCUGAAAUUCAAUACUCCAUUUUCAAGUGUUUAUUUAUAUAUACAACGCACAUUAUUGGGAGUAUGGAAUAGAUUUUUUUGU